AUGUACUUCACUCUCUAUUAUAUAGUCACCCGCCUCCCUGACUCCCUUCGUGUAGUCAGGGACCACUUCCUCUCAGUCUGUCCCACCACUCUCACUGUUGACCUCUUAGAGAAGGCCCUUCUAGCAGCGGAGAAGAGCAUAGUCGCUGUAGGAGCCUCUCGUGGUCACCCUCGCACCCCCAUCUUUAAGGGGUGUUCUCCUUCCCCCCUUUUGCCCUCUGUCGCCUCUGCCGCUGCGGCCGCCCUCGUUGGUCUUGAGUCAGUCGGUGCGGCGUCUGCCCCUAGCGGGAGACGCCGCUCUGGCAAGGGCAAGGGGGGCAAGGGCACGGGUGGAGCUAGCGGGGGCGGUGGAGGUGGCGGUGGAGGCGGCGGAGGGAGUGGGGGUGGCGGUGGGAGUGGUGGCGGGGCUGGAGGUGUCGGUGGCAGCAGUGGAGGUGAAGGCGGCGGAGGCGGCGGCGGUGGUAGCGGAGGCGGCGGUGGUGGCGGAGGUGGAGGAGGCGGUGGUGGAGGAGGUGGCGGUGGUCGGGGUGGCGCUUCGCAGCGGAGCAGCCCUGGUGGUGGUCAGCGCCAGCAGCAGCAGCAGCGUUCUCGGGACAUCCCCCCCCCUCAGCAGCUCCGUGAGUGGUACGUGCAGCGUCAGCGUGGUGGGGGUUUUGGUCCGUGCACCUACGUCAUUCGCUCCGGCGACCGCGCGGGUGAGCAGUGGGGGGGUGCCCACCCCACCCAGCGCUGCUUUGGCCGCCUGACGAACGCUUGGCGUCAGCAGUUCCCGGAGGCCAGUGAGAUCCCCCGCUGGGGAGAGCUUUCUAGGGCAGGCGUAGCUAUCUAUGAUCUUGACUUUGAUGCUAUCCUUGCUGCCAUGUAUGCUGUGACUAUUAGUGAUGAGGGUGACUGUUACCGGUGUUUCCCGCCCGACCCGGGCAUUGGUACUGCUGCUCUAGGUGCUGGUGAGGCUGCUGCUCUAGGUGCCAGUGCGUCUGCGCCCUCAGGUGCUGGUGAGUCUGCGCUCUCAGGUACCACGUCGGCUUCGGCCUCCCUCACCUUCACACUCGGGGGCUUCUCGCUCCUUCUUUUGAGACCGCACCACACUCACGCCGCUUGUGGUGCUGACCUGCAGGAUACGGGGGUUCACCAGUUCACUCCUGCGAGUCAACGGGUGACCCACUGCUCAGACGCUCGCACAGGCCGGCACCUGGCCACGUUUACGCGUCGGCCGGGGUCGAGCCUCUACACCCUGACCACUGCGUCUCCUCCUGUCCCUGUGUCUAGCGAGGUAGCUGCGUCGGGUCAGGUGUUUGAUGCAGCGUCCAAGUCUGGUCCUGAGUCUGCCCCCUGCUCGUGUCGCCUCGUGUCUCACGAGACUCUCCUGUGGCACCACCGUCUUGGUCACCCCUCUCUGCCUCGUCUCCUAGGCAUGGCUUCCCGUGUCCUUGUCUCAAGUCUCCCCCGGUCCCUCCCUCCCCUUCCUCCAGGGCCUGGUCCUUCCUGUGUUCCCUGUAUUGAGGGGCGGCUCCGGGCUGCCCCUCACUCCUCUCAGUUUCCCUCGACAGAGGCCCCGCUGCAGACCCUUCACAUGGACGUGUGGGGCCCGGCCCGCGUCCGUGGACAGGGUCACAAGCGCUACUUCCUGCUGAUGGUUGACGACUACUCGCGUUACACCUCAGUCUUCCCCUUGCGCAGCAAGGGUGAUGUCAGUGAGGUGUUGAUCGACUGGAUCCGCGCAGCUCGUCUCCAGCUCAGGAGGAGCUUCGGCUCGGACUUUCCUGUUCUGCGUCUGCACUCUGACCGAGGCGGAGAGAUCUCCUCUGGCCUUCUACGAGCCUACUGCCGUGCGCGAGGCAUCCGCCAGACCUUUACGUUUCCGGACUCUCCACAGCAAAAUGGGAUUGCUGAGCGCCGCAUUGGCAUGGUCAUGGACGUCGCUCGUACGUCCAUGAUGCAUGCGGCUGCCCCCCAUUUUCUGUGGCCGUUUGCGGUUCGGUACGCGGCGCAUCAGAUCAACCUUCACCCCAGGGUCUCCAUGCCGGAGACCUCCCCAGCUCUGCUGUGGACGGGGAAGGUAGGCGAUGCGUCUGCGUUCCGUGUCUGGGGAUCUCGGGCGUUUGUCCGCGACUUGUCUGCGGACAAACUGUCCCCUCGUGCUGCUCCUUGUGUCUUCCUUGGCUUCCCCCCUGACGCACCAGGGUGGCAGUUCUACCACCCCUCCUCUCGUCGUGUUCUGUCCUCCCAGGACGUCACGUUUGACGAGUCGGUCCCCUACUACCGUCUCUUCCCCUACCGCACUCCUUCCCUCCCCCCGCCGCCGCACUUCCUUGUACCAGUCGAGCCUGUCGAGGUUGCUGGUGACUCUGGUACUGCUGCGGGUGCUGAGCCUGGGGGUGCUGACUCUGGGGGUGCUGCGCGAGUGGGUGCUGAGCCUGGGGGUACUGAGCCUGGGGGUGCUACGACUGAGGGUGCUGAGCCUGGGGGUCCUUCGCCUGGGGGUGCUGCGUCUGGAGCUGCUGAGUCUGGGGGUGCUGCGUCUGGAGCUGCUGAGCCUGGGGGUACUGAGUCUGGAGCUGCUGAGCCUGGGGGUGCGGAGCCCACGGCCGCUGGACCUGCUCGUGUGGCGUCUGGCGGUGCUGGGCCUGGUGGUUCUCCGGGUGCUUCGUCUCGGCGGGAGCCACUCUCUCCACAGGAGCUGCGCGAGUGGUUUGCCCGGCGCUGGAGGCGUACUGCUGGAGCUGGUGCUUCUUCGGCUGCUGAGGGUGCUGUUGCAGCCGCUCUCGGAGGUGCUAGCCCUGGGAGUGCUGGAGCUGCUGGGCCUGCGCGUGCGACUGGAGUCGGAGCUGCUGAGGGUGUUGGCGCUGAGGCUACUGCUGUCAGUCCUAGCGGCGGUCCUGCUGCGGGUGCUGCUGGAGGUACUGGAGCUGGAGGUGCUGUUGGCGCUGGUGCUACCAUUGGGGGAGCUGGUGCUGUCCCUGCUGUGUCUGGAGUCGCCGCGCGGCCUCGGCCGUACUUUGUUCCGCUCCUUCAGCAGGUUCUUGGUCUUCCUCCUCCCUUAGAGUGUCCACCGCCUGUCCAGUCACAGUCACAGUUACCGCCGGCCUCCCCACUGCCUGCUCCUUCUCCCUACACUGGUCCUACUGGAGGUCUUGCUGAGCGUCGUGAGCCUGCGUCUCGUCCUGCAUCGCCGGUUCGUGCUGCUCGGGCUAGUGGUCGCGGUUCGCGUCAGCGUCCUCCUCCUGUCCCUGGCACGCACCGGAUGUCUCUGCGUCCGUCCACUGCUCCUCUGCGUGCCCCUUUGCCUUCUCCUCCUGAGUCCUCUCUUCCUGCCCUUGCCGACCCAGAGUCGGACUCUCUUCGUGCUGCCAGUCCUAUUGUCACGCGUCUGCUUGCUACUGUCGUCACUGACCCUUCUUUUGAGUCCACUGCUGCGUCUGCUCUUGUUGCUGAGCUCGUCGACUUUGCUGCUCGCUGUCGUCUAGACUACGCUGCUAGUCUCGUUGCUGAGUCUGCGACUGUCUGUCCUCCGUCCGUCGGGGGUGAGUGUGCUCUUGGCACGGACAUCCUUGAGGACAGGCAGGAGGAGUUCCAGUGUCUAGCUGCUACUUCACCUCAUCUCGUGUCCGUACUGCUUACCCCUGAGGGAGACCCGGAUGCACUUGACAUCCCGACUCCGCGCUCUUACGCGGAGGCCGUAGAGGGUCCCUACUCCUCUCAGUGGCAGGCAGCUAUGGAUGCAGAGAUGGCUUCCUGGAAGUCCACAGGCACCUACGUUGACGCGGUUCCCCCACCUGGGGCGAACAUCGUCAGUGGCAUGUGGAUCUUCAGGGUGAAGCGGCCGCCGGGCUCUCCGCCUGUCUUCAAGGUGCGGUACGUGGCUCGUGGCUUCAGUCAGCGGCAGGGAGUUGACUACUUUCAGACCUUCUCUCCCACCCCGAAGAUGACCACUCUUCGGGUGCUGCUACACAUAGCCGCUCUGCGUGACUACGAGCUUCACUCUCUUGACUUCAGCACUGCUUUCCUGCAGGGUAGCCUGCACGAGGAGAUCUGGCUGCGCCGUCCACCUGGCUUCACUGGGACUUUCCCUCCUGGCACCCAGUGGAGCCUCCGACGGCCAGUCUACGGUCUCCGCCAGGCACCGCGCGAGUGGCACGACACACUGAGGACUACGCUUGCGGCUCUUGGGUUUGUUCCCUCUACUGCUGACCCGUCGCUGUUUCUACGCACCGACACCUCUUUGCCGCCGUUCUACAUCCUCGUGUACGUCGACGACUUGGUCUUUUCCACUGCUGACAUUGCUCGACUCGCCCACGUGAAGUCGGCGCUGCAGAAGAGACACACGUGCACAGACCUGGGUGAACUGCGCAGCUACCUUGGCUUGCAGAUCACCCGGGACAGAGCACAACGCACCAUUACCCUGACUCAGUCACAUAUGGUGCAGCAGGUCCUUCAGCACUUCGACUUCACGUACUCCUCGCCUCAGGCCAUCCUCUGUCUACUCGCCACUCGCUCUCAGCUCUGCCUUCGGAUGAGUACAUAG